AUGGCAGCAACACAAAUGGAUGAAGCUGCAAGCAGUCUGGAUGAUGUAAUAAAACCCACCUUAUCAUUGGAGGAUGUUAAUGAUUUAGUCAGUCGUCUUUACAACAUUACUGCACAGAGUAUAAAACAGCUAGAUAGCUAUGAUGACCAGAACUUUCACAUUGUUGCCAAGUCAGCAACUAGUAAGAGAUCUGAGUAUGUUUUGAAGAUAAUUAAUGCAAACGAUUCCAAAAAUGAGGUUCUACUCGAUGCCCAAACACAAAUGAUGUUACAGUUAAUUGAAAAAGGCUUUGUUUGUCCAAACCCGAUACGACUGCCAACUGGUGAAUACAUGACACUGGAACCAAUUAAUGGCCAAAAAGGUUGCUUUAAUCACAUGGUGAGACUACUUAGCUACAUACCUGGUAUGCUUUACAAAUCUGUAGACAUGACCUCUGAUUUAUGCUAUCAUGCAGGUCAGCACCUUGGUCGUAUGCAUAUGGCCCUCAAGGGAUUUCAACAUGAAGGUUUAAACAGACCUGAUUUUUUAUGGAAUUUAGUGAAUACUCAUCGUCUUGAAAAAUAUGUAAACGUCUUCAGUGAAGAACGGCAGAAAAUUAUCUUGAAUUUUUUUAUUAAGAUGUUUAAGGAAAAAGUAAUACCAAAAUAUCCAUUGCUUGCAAAAGGUGCCAUUCAUGGUGAUUUUAAUGAGUUCAACAUUCUUGUUGCUCCAAAAGAAGUGAACAGUAACAUUGUAACUGGAAAAUCAGGAAGCUGCACUUAUGAAAUAUGUGGUAUAUUAGAUUUUGGUGAUGUCCAAUACAAUUAUUAUGUCUUUGAUGCUGCCAUUGCAAUCAUGUACACAAUGUUACAGAGCCAGGAUCCUAUCACUGCUGGUGGUCACGUGCUUGCUGGAUACCUGUCAACAUUUCCUUUAUCUGAGCUUGAGUUGGAUCUAAUAUAUUAUUGUAUAGGUGCUCGGAUUUGUCAGUCGCUGAUUUUAGGAAUGUACACAUACACUCUCCACCCAACUAAUACAUAUUUACUAGCCACCCAAGAAACUGGUUGGAAAGUAUUAGAAUUAUUGUAUUCUACUUCAAAAGAGGAAAUUGAAAAAGCAUGGAACAAAAUUGUUUCUAGUAGCUGCUAAUUAAGGAUGAUAAGGGAAGAUGAAACUUUUCAAAUGUCAUUUUGUCCAUUGUACCAGUAAUCUAACAAUUCAUGAUAUCUACUUGGAAAGUCAAAUCAUGUACUCUAUAAAGUGAUUGUCCUAUUUUAUUUCUGCCAGCCAAUAUGGGCAAGUCAAAAGUUAUUAGUCACGCAUGUGUUGAAACAUGUACAUUGUAUGUUAAUAGAUAAUUAAUUCCCCCAA